AUGAAUGGCUUGUGUGCACAUAUUUUACAUAAGAAAGGAAACUGCCUUACAAUAUAUAUUUCUAACCAAUGCACGUGUUUGUCUGAAAGUAUUUGCCAUGUUGGGAAGUGGCUUCAGCAAGGGGCUAAAGAACCAAACUCCCACAUGCCUUGGUGUCAGUACCCUCUCUCCUUCCACAGAAAAAGAGGAGAAAAAAGGCAAGAGCAAUACACAUACAGAUUUGGGUCAGGUCAAAUAAUAGAAUCCCUGUACCAAAGGAUCAGAAAUAGUGAAUUAAGUUUCAGUGUGUUUGUUUUAAUUCUUCCUUUGGAGCUGGGUUUAAAACAGACAAAGACAAAUAAUUAUCGAUUUGGUAGUUUAUCAUUUUAG